AGAAAGAGAGAAAGAGGCAUCGCGGCUUUCCACGCUGAAGGUAUAGAGUACGCCUGUACUACACGAGGUUAGGAAUAAGGCGGAGGCGUCAAGGGGGGAAGACGCGAAAGAAAGACGCACGCACGUUGGCGGAGGAAGACGUAACGCGCGCGGGGUGAGAUAGAUAAGGAUAGGGUCUAUCCGCGCGCGCGCGCGAGAGAGAGAGAGAGAGAGAGAGAGAGAGCGCAACGGAUUAACGAGAGAGAGAGAGAGGAAGCGAAACCUCUCGUACGCGGGUGGCAGGAGGGUGACUGAGACGGAGCGUGAUGUACGUAACGAGAGGGAGCGAGUCGCGGCUGCGUCAUGUUCUCAACGAACUGGGUCAGUAGGUCUCCCCACCGCGCACCGCGUCGCACAUCCACUGCUCGUAUACACGUACGCGCGCGGAUAGACCCUGUGUACGUAUCCGUACACAUACACACAGGCGUGGGGCGCGCUGGUGCUUGUCUCUCUCGGGGAGUGCCAACGGCGUUGCUGUUGACCCAGCCGCCGCCAGCAGCGGCCUAUACGUGUCUCGUGCGCCCGCGAACGCUUCUACCUGACGACGAUGUACCCGCGUCGCGCUUGCUUCGAAAGCAAAAGUCGCUCCUCUCCGCGCAACCGCGCGCGCGCGCGCGCGCGCAAACACGCACGCCUUGUCUCGAGACACGCAUCGAAAAAAGAUUCGGUCCUAUCCGUGACGUUCGCGGAAUGAGUCUUACGUCAUUCGCAGGACCGGUCGCUUUCUCAGUUUUGCCGGUGAGAGAGUUCAUUUCUUCUCGUUUGCACAUAUAACACCCCACGAUCAUUUUAUACUACGCGUUUCAAAAAUUCAUCUUUGCGACGCGUGCGCGGUGCAAAAAUACGACUCCGAUCCCGGGAGACCGGAUACGACGAGACGCGCGGCGUGCGUUCGUCGCGCGUAACGAAGCUUUGACGAGAACCGGAGGAGAGUCGAGCGACGGUGACGGGGAGGAGAGGAGAGGUUCGCGUUCGUCGGACAAUAUUUCUCCGGCCGACAUAGACCUGGUUCCGUAAGUAGGUCAUCCCCCGCCACAGGUCGCGCAACCUCCUUCUCGUCGUUCCUCUCCGCGCUCCCCUCCACCGCGCGGUACCUUCGACCGCGGCAAUCCUGCCCCCUCUUUGCCGCGACCGCGUGCUACUCGCGCCUCCCCCCUCUCUCUCCCGCCGUCCGUACGGGCCUCUCAGGCGGCACCUCCACACACACACACGCGCGCACACACACACAGCGCGCGCGCGCGCCGCGUCGGAUACCUGGCCGCGCGCGGUGGCAUGCGCUGCUGAAUCACUUUCACUUAUGCCGUGCGCUGUGUUGGUUAUACUCCGCGCGCGCGUCUCGCUCGCUCCAUUCGUUAACUCUCUCUCUCUCUCGUUUCCUCCUUCUCGCGUCGCCUCUCGGCGUCUCGCCGCUGCCCGUCGGUAAAGGGACACGCGCGCCUUCUCUCCUCUAUACCCACCGAAACGCCAAAGGAGCCUGUCAGUAGUGCGCGCCUCGGCACCGUUCUCCGUGGCACAGUUUCGCUCAAUUUUCCGACCGUCCGCGCGCGGUUAUCGUUGUCGAUCCCGUCGUUGUCACGACCAACGCUCGCGUCAAGCUUCGCUUUUCGGAAGUGCGCCCGUUGACAGUUGACGUGUAAUUGGCCGUGCGUUAUCAUGGAGACGAGAGAGUGAUCGCGCGGCGUGAGAAGCCGAUAAUAGCAGCAGCAAUAGCAGCAAUAGCAGUAGCGUUGUCGUCGUCGUUACUAUCAUCAUAAUCAUCAUCAUCAUCAUUAUCAAUCCGGCGUCCUACUCGGACAAUUCGGUGCCGCGGGGAAAACGACGUAGGCCGUCGUCGUCGUCGUCGUCGUCGUCGUCGUCGUCGUUGUCGUCGUUGUCGUCGUCGUCGUCGUCGUCGUCGUCGCCGCCGCCGCCGCCGUCGUCGUUGACGACGUUGUUACCACCGCGCGCUCGCGGCGAUACGUCACGUAUGCCGUGUCUCGCAAAGGCGGCCUCCCCGGCGCGGCGGUCUCUACCUACCUACCUACUCCAUGUGCCGACGGUAGGGCAGCGGAGGGGAGGGGGCGGGCCCUUCGGGAAAGCAACGAGCCGAGAGGACAACUAGUCGUACGCAGAUAGGCGGGCUGUCACGUUACUACUCUGUGGUCCGCUCCGGUCCCACAGAGUCCCUCGUUGGUCGCGCACUCGCUCGCCGGUUAUUAGUCAUCCGAAUUAACGACGAGUAGUUGGUCUCGCGCUCUCCUUCGCGCCUACCUCCGUGUGCUGCUACAAUACGAUCGCGAUUACGCCCCAUACGUAAACGCGUAAACGCCCGCGGCGUGUUUGUUGACAGUCUCGCGCGCGCACAUUCGCUCCUAGCGCGUCUGUCUUGUCUUUGGCUGCUGCUGUCUCCGUGGUGCACGGUAUGCGGAUAGAUGUAACAUUCGUCGCACGGCGCGAGUCUCGUCGUUCGCAUCGUUCGCAUCGUUCGUAUCGUCGUGCUCGGUGAUAAGUUGGAUUACAGUGCGGACACAGAAGAGGAAAAACGAAAGGGGGCACCUUGGUGGUGCGCGUUUGCCGCUCGGCUGCUCCGCGUGCGGCGUGUUUUCGACGUACAGUGUACCCUGCGCCAAUGUUGACGCGCGACCAUUCGCUAUCAUGCCAUGUCGGACGUAGCCUCGUCGACGAUCCCGACGACUUUGUGUAUUCGCGGUAUACGUUUGGUGGUGUGCGAUGGUUUUUCUCGGUAAACCUGUGUAACUCGUGAAAGAGAGAAAGAGAGCGUGACUGGUGAUCGAUAUUCUUAUAUUAUUCUAUUCGUGCCACCCGGGGAACCAAAAUCGAGUGUACGUGUGUGUGUGUUUCCUCUUUCCUCUUACACGCGCGCGGAUCGAGGAAUUCUUUUCCUCUCUACUCCACACGACGAAUUGUGUCGCGGCACAAUUUUUUUUUUUUUUUUGUGUGUGUCGACGUCGUCCUCGAAGACAACGUCAGCCGGGAGAAGGUGCGCCAGGUUUCGUUUUGCGAAACGUUAAACGACCGACAACCGAGAACCGACGCGUCGUUGUCCUCUCGCCGUGGAGAUCACGCGAUCUCUCCAAACGGAUCGAGAGCGAUGUCCCGCGAACGUGACGAACCGAACGAAACAGAUAGACAGAUAUAUACACGGACACGUACAAAAGUACUGUAUUAACAUCCCGGAGAGAAAGACACCUAGCCCCUGAUCAGCGGACGCGAUACUAUAAAUCGUCGGUCGCUUUCAAGAGGAAACCUCGAAAAGACUAAGGUUCCCGAACGGUCGCAUCCGAGCGCAUCCGAGCGCGCGGGGAGGGCCCGUCUCAUAUAUGUGCCCAUACGCGAGCACGUCUGUCCGUUGUGCGGUGCUUCUCGCGCAUGGGUGAUAUGUUAUUGGAGAUGGAGCAACAUUCGGGCUUGAUAUCCCUGAGCAUGUCGCCGUUCCACCUGAGUCCGCAGGGCAGUCCGCAAGCCGCCGGGCAGCAACCCCCGCAGCAACAGCCGCAGCCGCACUAUGGCUCGUCGGCUUAUAGCAGUUGCGCGCAAAGCUCGCCAUCGCCCAUGUGCCAUCAGCCGCAGUCUCAAUCGCAGCAACAGCAACAGCAACAACAACAGCAGCAACAACAAAUGUCCGCUCACAACCAGGCGGCACAGUCGCAGAGUAUGUCGAGUUUCGAGGCCGCCUUUUUCGAUUCUCCUCUCGAUGAUCAUCGAGUCUUGUGUCCUAUGUGCGGUCACAAAAAUCGGAUAACGGACAUGUCUGGUUAUCAGUGUAGUCUGCAAGGCUUGCUCACGUGCGAAAACUGCAAGAAUUUCUUCAAGCGCAACGGCUCUCCCUGUAGCAAUAAAAAGAUUUACACGUGUCUUUUUUCUCAAACGGGUGGCAGUGGCGGUGGCAAUGGCGGUGGCGGUAACAAUGGUAAUGGGGGUGGCGGCGGCGGCGGCGGCGGCGGUGGUGGUGGUGGUGGUGGUAGUGGUGGUGGCGGCGGCGGCGGCGGUGGUAGUAAUUGCGGCACAUCUUCGGGACUUGAGAUCUGCAUCAACAACAAGAAGGUGUACACGUGUCUGUUCCCGCCAACAGGAGCCGGAAGCGGUAACGGAGCCUGCGGCGGUACGUCUACCAAUCUAGAAGGUAACGGCGGCGGCGGCGGCGGCGGCGGCGGCGGCGGAGGCGGCGGCGGUGGUGGUGGUGGUUACACCGGUAGCAGCGGUGGCGGCAAUGGCAGCGGUGGCACUACCGCCGGAGGUGGUGGUGGUCCAGGCACGACCAACGCCACGGUCAGCGGUGGACCGGCUGUCGCGGGAAGUGGCAAUGUCGCCGCCGGUGGAGUUCCGACCGGCGGCGGUGGUACCCUCUGUCACCCGGGAUUAGGCCAGGUCGGCAUCGUCACCGGCUCGAUACCGUGCCCGUCCGACUUCCCGGACACCAAGGACAUCGUCAUCGAGGAGCUGUGUCCCGUAUGCGGUGACAAGGUGUCCGGUUAUCAUUACGGUUUACUCACAUGUGAGUCCUGCAAAGGAUUCUUCAAGCGCACCGUCCAGAACAAGAAGGUCUACACGUGCGUCGCUGAGAGGUCUUGUCACAUCGACAAGACGCAGCGAAAACGGUGUCCCUACUGCCGCUUUCAAAAGUGCCUCGAGGUUGGCAUGAAGCUUGAAGCUGUGCGGGCGGACAGAAUGCGAGGCGGUAGAAACAAAUUCGGGCCCAUGUACAAGAGGGAUAGGGCGCGGAAGCUGCAGCUGAUACGACAACGGCAACUGGCGAUCCAGACGAUUCGCGGCAGCCUUGGCGAUCCGACCAGCUAUUCGUCCGCAGUCGCACCCUUGAUGCACAUCAAGCAGGAGAUCCAAAUACCUCAGGUCUCGAGUCUGACCUCGUCGCCGGACUCAAGCCCGUCCCCCGCGACCGUGGCCGCGGGUCUGGUCACGACGCAAGCCGGCGGCAGUGGGGCCGGCCAGCACCAGCUGAUCGCACCAUCCAGUCAGCCCAUCAUCGGGACCAGCGGUGGUGGUGGUGGUGGUGCUGGUGGUGCUGGUGCUGGUGGUGGUGGCGGUGGCGGCGGCGGCGGCGGCAGCGGCGGCGGUGGUGGCAGCGGCGGUGGCGGAGGCGGCGGUGGCGGCAGUCACAAUCACUUGCACAACCUCAACCCGGGUCUGGACAGCAAACUCUGGGCCGCCAACUCCACCACCCCCGGCACGAAGGUCUUCAACUUCGGCGAGCAAUCUGCGCAGCCACACGGCGGCGGGAUGCCGAGCUACGCGCCCAACCCUCCCGUCGCCCUCAAGACACUUAGCCCAAUUAUAAGGGAAUUUAUGUUGUCGAUCGAUGACCGCGAGUGGCAGACGUCUCUCUUCUCUUUGUUGCAAAAUCAAACGUAUAAUCAGUGUGAAGUGGACUUGUUCGAAUUAAUGUGCAAAGUGCUCGAUCAGAAUUUGUUUUCGCAGGUAGACUGGGCUAGAAAUUCGACGUUCUUCAAAGAUCUCAAGGUGGAUGAUCAAAUGAAGUUAUUACAACACUCUUGGUCGGACAUGCUAGUGCUGGAUCAUCUUCAUCACAGGUUACACAAUAAUCUGCCUGAUGAGACGACACUUCACAAUGGCCAAAAAUUUGAUCUUCUUUGCCUCGGCCUACUUGGAGUUCCUUCCUUGGCCGAAACCUUCAGGGAACUAUCCAAGACACUUCAGGAACUAAAAUUCGAUGUCCCCGAAUAUAUAUGCAUGAAAUUCUUAAUGCUAUUGAAUCACGAGGUUCGUGGACUAAUAAAUAAGAAACAUGUGCAAGAAAGUCAUGAACAGGUUCAACAGGCGCUUAUGGAAUACACAGUAAAUAAUCACCCAUCUGUACUGGAUAAAUUUAACAAGCUGCUGGCAGUAUUACCGGAUAUUCACGAGGUGGCAACUAAGGGAGAAGAGCAUCUUUAUCAGAAACAUUGUAACGGAGGCGCGCCAACGCAAACGCUUCUCAUGGAGAUGCUUCACGCCAAGAGAAAAUGAAACGAUCAGUUUUACUUGGUAAUCUUUGCCAUCGAAUAAGAUAAAAAGUCCGUUAUUACACAUAUGUGUGUAUAUACAUAUACCAGAUAUAUGUAUAUAUAUAUAUAUACAUAUAUCAAAAGUCUUGUUAAUGCCCCUAAUCGUGAGACAGAGUGGACCUCAAAGUACCUAUUAAGAGCUAAAACGCUGCUAAGGUAUCGGACCAAAUAAAGGGGCCCUGGUUCAUGAAAUACCUAUGCAUACAAAUCAAGUAUAGACGUACAUACUUUACACAUAAUAUAUAUAUAUAUAUAUAUAUAUAUAUAUAUAUAUAUAUAUAUAUACAUAGUAUAUGUAUUAUAAAGUGUAUCUAAAUAUAUAAACACAAUGACAUAUAUUUUCUAUAUUUGAUGUUGAAGUUUUAGAGAUGUAUCCAUGGAGAAUUACCUGUUAAUUACCUGUUAAUGGGUAUAAGCGCAGGGAAACAGUAAGCAAGAUGCCUUGAAAACAGUACAAAGGGUGGUUAACACAAAAUAUUGGUCAAAGGGCAGGCAACUUUUGUCUAAAUAAGUAAAGCUAUUUUUCUAAUACUUAUAGAGGCGAAUUUUUUUAUUUUUAAGCAUACCACACUGAAGCCUUGCUCUCACUCGAAUGAAAUAUUAUCGUAUUGCUAAAAGAGAAUUAAAUUCUCUCUCCAGAUCAAUUGUGCUUCUGCAAGGGAUUCAAUGGGCAUAUUUGAAUGACAAUGAACUUGCAUGUGAUAUACAUAUGUGUUUGUCGCACGGCCACCUGGGCAUCCUUAGGAUUUCCUAUAAAGAAAAAAAAUCUGCAUUUUUGUCACACUUGCACACAGCGGGGCUACUAUAUUGUAAAUACUAGUUAACACAUUCCAAUUAUGUUGUAAAGUACAGAUCAUGUUAAAUAUGUAAUUACAAUAUUUUGUGUAUAGUUGAAUAAUGAAAUGAAAUAAAUAUAUUUCUGUUGCUCUUGAGGAAAAUCAUUAGCUACUUAAUGUCUUCACUAAUUUUAGGAUCUUAUUCAUGUAUUUUUCUUUAUUACUUCUCAAAUAGGUGGCGGAAAGGAAUAACUACAAAUUGCGAUAUUUUACUAUUGUAUGUUGUAUCAUAAUAAAGAUUCUGUUUAAGAAAUAAAAGAAUCAUUGGAGCAAG